CCGCCCCGGACGCCAUGUUGGAAGCGGGCACCCCGCCCCCCAGGAAAACCAGAGCAAGAAAGAUGCAAGAUGUGGGUGAGAGCACAGUGUGCCUCUCCUCUAACAGUCUGCAGCACGUCUGAGCAAAUGGCUGGAGGAGAGGGAUGAGGAACAUCAUGUUGCCACCCACAGAGGACACCAGGCUGCCCAGUUAGGAGCUCCCGACACUGCAGUGAGUACGUCCCAGAGGUUUGUCUACACACACAUCCUCUGGGCCUGGGUGGGACCCUGGCCUGGCCUCUGCUCUCGGUUACAGCUGCAGGAAUCCCCAGGAGCUGCGCCAACACCAGCAGGUCCCGGAGCGCAGCGCCUGUCACGAUGAAGGUGUUGGUCUUGGCUGUGGUGCUACUCUGUGUGUGCAGCUUGGAAGGUGCAGUGGUGAAGCGCAACGCAGAAACCCCAAGCCUCUCGGAUGUCUUCACCCAGUAUUUCCAGACUGUGUCUGAAUACUUGAGCAAGCACUUGCCGGAGAAGGCGAAGACCGAGGAGCUAAAGACCCAGGCAAGGGCUUAUCUGGAGCAGGCCAAUGAGCAGCUUUCGCCUAUCGCCAAGCGGCUGCACACCGAAUUAGUGGAGCUCAUCACCCAGCUGGUGGAGACCGGGAAGAAGGCUGUGCAGAAGUGAGUGAGUGGCCGGCUCCCAACAGCCCCGGGGCAGCUGCUGAUCAAGGCUGGGCGCUUUCCAUGGCAGCGAGAGGAGGAGACUCAUGGGCCGAUUGUGGCACUAAACAGCUGGUGAUAUCACCUGACGGGGGGUGGGAAGGGGGUCCCAGGAGCAAUAAAUCUG